CCAUGCAUUGAAGGCAACUCGACCAGUGAAUUGCAUACUUUAAGCGCACAUUACGUUACAACGGGCUGCUACAUAUUUGAUGUUAACCCAGACUUUAUAGUUAGAAGGAUUUUUUCUAUAAAUUAAAUAUAUUAUUUGAUUUCAAACAACGAAACAAGCUAUGUCUACUGCAACUAAGAAGAGCAUUUGUGUAAUUGGUGCGGGUCCAAGUGGCAUGUCUACCCUAUACCAUUUCGCCAACAUGGAGGACACAAACGACGUAGAACUUGUGUGCUACGAAAAGCAACGCCAGUGGGGCGGAUUGUGGAACUACAGCUGGAGAACAGGUAACGACAAGUAUGGAGAACUGUGUCAUAGCGGCAUGUACAAAAACCUAUUCACAAAUGGUGCAAAAGAGUUCCAUGAAUACCCCGAUUACACAUUCGAGAAGCAUUUCGGAAAACCAAUUCCUUCAUUUCCCCCAAGGCCAGUUAUGCGAGACUAUCUUGAAGGGCGAUGGCAACAAAAAGGUAAAGCAGACUUGAGCAGAUAUAUUAAAUUCAACACCGUUGUACGCCAUGUCAGUUAUGAUGAAAAAUCUGGCUUCACGGUAGAAACCUACGAUCUGGCGGAAAACAAGACCACGAGUCGGACAUUCACGCACGUUGUUGUUGCAGUUGGCAUUUUCAAUUGCCCAAACGUACCUUACAUCAGUGGCAUAGAAACCUUCGAGGGCCGCGUUUUGCAUUCCCAUAAUUACAGGAACGCCGCAGAGUUCAAAGGUCAGCGCUUACUCGUCAUAGGAGCAAGCUAUUCCGCGGAAGAUAUCGCCAUUCAAUGUAAGAAAUAUGGCGCAAGCGAUAUCAUAUGCACAUGGAGGAACAAGCCCAUGGGAUUCAAAUGGCCGAAAGGUAUAGAAGAACGCCCUUUCGUACAAAAAUUUGAGAGAAACCGUGCAUUUUUCAAAGAUGGGUCAUCGGCAGAGGUGGACUCUGUGAUUUAUUGCACCGGAUACCUUUACGCUUUCCCGUUUAUGGAAGACAAACUGCGUUUAUCAUCGAGUCUGUCUCUGUACCCAGAUAACCUGUACAAAGGCUCCCUUUGGUUAGGGGGCGGGGACAACAAGCUGUUUUACGUUGGUGUUCAAAACCAGUACUACAGUUUUACCAUGUUUGAUGCAACGGCUUUGUGGGUUUGUCUGUACAUUAAUGGUAAGAUCAAAGGGGGACCAAAGUCCAGGAAAGAGAUGGAGGACGAUGUACGACAAUGGGUACAACGAUGCUCUAAACUGAAGGACUGUCACGAGGGCAUUGAUUUCCAGACAGAUUUUGUUGCGGAUUUGAUCAAAGACACAGGUUAUCCGGCUGGAGCUGUGAAAUCCGGAAAACUCAUGCAUGACUGGAUAGGGCAUAAGGAAGAAAAUAUUCUCACUUACAAGGAUCAAUGCCAUGCUUCCAACUGGACCGGAACCGUGGCACCAAAACCAAAGGUCCCAAUGUUUGAAGCAUUUGAUGACAGCAUGAAGGCAUUCAUUUGAAUUAAGUCUUAAGAAAGUUGGCCCCCAUAAUGACACUCGACAAGUUACGUAAUAUCCGUAUGCGAAAUCGGUAUUUUCCGUAUUUUACGGAGAGUCAUGCGCGCGUUGAGCUAUAUUUGCAUACGAGCAUACGUGAUCACACGGAAUUUGCCGAGUGACAUUUUGGAUCCACUACCUUAAACAUUAACAUUUAUAUCGAACUGGUUCAACAUAUACCAUAAUAUACGGAUUUAUUUGUGCAUUUAUAUCAUUUACGGUCAGCCUUAUGUGGGAUGACGAGGUUAGGACUGUUAUCAAGUUUUAUUAUUUAUGUUUUUAUUUGCAUGGACAGUAUAAUCUGCUUUUGGGUACAGGAUCGAAUUCUAUGUUAUAUUAGUUACAAUUGUAAAGAACUAUUUUUAAGUAUUUGCAAGCAAGUAAUAGAAAAUGUCAAGGUGCAAAAAUUAUCAGGUGUUUAUAUAGACAACACAUUGUCGUGGAAUGUUCAAAUUGAAACAGUUUGCACUAAACUUUACUCAAAAAUAGCAUUGUUGAGACAUAUAUCGUACUAUUUGACAGAUGAAAUGAAAAAGUUAUUCUUUAAUGCAUAUAUAACGUCAAUAUUUGAUUAUUGUUGUACUGUAUGGUGUCAAGGAAAUAAGAGCUCUUUAAAGAAAAUAAUGAAAAUUCAAGGUAGAGCUGCAAGAAUAAGUUUGAAUAUAAUGUUUUAAUCAAGAACAAAAGAUAUGCUAAAAGAACUUGGGUGCAUGCGCGUAGUGUGGCAUACUCAGUUACUCGACUGAGUAACAUUUAAAAAAGGCUAAAAACUCCGUAGAAGCAAUAUAAAACUGAUAAGGAGUGGGUAUGGGGGUAGGGACAAUGUCAUAGCAUAUGAGUAUGUUGUUGUCUUGGUCCUUGACUAAUAAUUUUUGUGACGGCAGAUUGCUGUUGCUCUUUUAUCAAAAUUUCGAUCAAAAUUUAUAAAUUUUGUUGUUUUUUCUUGCUCCACUUGCACUUGUUAUUGUAAAUACAUAUUUAAAUCUAAAUACAUUGAAAAUUCUAAAUAUAUAUAUGAUUUCAGAUGCAUAUAUACUGUAGCUGGUAUUGACCAUAAGAACGAACUUCCUAAUGGCAAUUGUCCAUCACUAGUAAAAUUUGGAAGGAUAAGCAACCGUGUCUGUAACAACUAUCAAUUCCCAAGCAUUAUUUCCUAAACAAAAAUAAAUUAUCUAUCCCAUAAUCAAAGAGAGCAAAAAGAACAGAUUCAAAAAUUAACAUUUAGACUUUGUUAUCCUCAUUGCCAUAGUAUAACACUCAAUUUCAGUCAUAUAAACUAUCAAUUCAUUAAUUUCUACUUGGAAAACAUACCGUUAUGACUAUAUGUUUCCGGGUCAUUAUACUGCAAAGCACCUACUCAACCCUACAUCACUCCGUCGAGGGAGGGGGUAAUAUAAAGAAACCAAAUUUCAAUUCCCGAGCCGCCUUCUUCUUAUGCCCUUACACUCAUCUCCCAAAAUUUAUUGCAGAAAAAAUACAUCAAUCAAAAUUAUUUAACGCACGAAAUAAGUAUAGUAGGUCGCCCAACACGACAUAAACGAAAAUGUUGCAGGUUCGGUUUGAUUGACGGUAGUGGAAGUGCAAGCCCUCUAGCCCCAAGUUGAGCAGAACUAAACAUUUACACAUGUUAUAAGUAUCAGAAAGUAAUUGAGAAACCUAGGAUAUACAUAUGUGCAUAUUGCCUUUUGUUUGAAUAAACUAUCUAUCUAUCUAUCUAUCUAUCUAUCUGUGUAAUAAAUACUCAGAACCAGCAAAUAUUUAAUUACUAAUAUCGUCUGGACAAUUCCUUUAUUAUUGUUUCGUGAUAUAGAUUUUAUAUUUCAGCCUAAACACCUGUCACAAGGCUUUUGUCUCUGAAUCAUUAUUUACUUGAUGGUUUCCAAUAAUGUAGUGAUACAUUUCACGCAAAUUGUAAAUUUUGAAAGGAAGACAAUUGUGAUAUCAAAAACAUGCAACAGAUGGCAAACAAUAACUUGGUCUAGAAAUCAAUAUAAUGCUUACAACAUUUUCCUAUAACUGCAAUAUUUAAAAGAGAAUUUAGCGUAAAUUUAGCUGAAGAAUGAAAUAAGAAUCUGUUGAAAUAGCUUCAUCAUUUUGUCUGUUUUGAAAUUGUGCAUAAGUCAAAGUUUGUCAUCAGCAGUCUGAUCAGUUCAUAGGCAUAUUAGAGUAUUUACUGCAAGGUAAUUUGCAUACAUUCUGUUGUAACACGUAUGAACACAUGUGUACUUUAUUUAAGAAUUGAAUGCUAUUUUAUGUGCGUUUUUACGGGUAUAAAGCACAUUGGGACUUCCUGCAAAUUCAUGAAUCGCGCAAGCGAUUCUUGGCCUUCCAGUGUGGUUCAUACCCAUAUGAACGCACAAAAAAAAUAGCAUUCAAUUCUUAUAUUUACAUUUUACGAUAGCUUGCUACAAAAAUACCUGAUUUGCUUUCUAGGAGUAUCAGAAAAUCAAAAUAAAUGUCAAGAUAUUGAUCUUUCCGUCAUCCUAUAACAGAACAGUCAAAAAGGCCCGCCCACGUUAAACUAUAAUUCGCCUUCCGAUAAAAAAUACAGUUCCUGGUUUUGUUUGAAAUAUUUUAACUCCAGUGAAAAUUCAUACAGUCGUGUUCUGUAAUUUUUGACACCAGAAAAAUUAGUUAAAGCUAUAAUUAAAUGUUCUUUUUCAAAGUUUUGGCGUCCAAUUUUGAAAUAAUUUUUGGAACGUGACCAUUCUGUUCAUGUUUUUGGUCAGACGUCAGAUUACGCGUUCAAUCUCGCGGAAAGGGUCGUCAUUCAUAUUAUUACUCUAAUGUUGUUUUUAUGACAAUUAACGCAUUUGUCUUUCCAUAUAAAAUGUAUAGUUAAUGCAAAUUUUGUAUACAACAAAUAAGUUUGGAAAAAUAACUCGUGUUGUUAAUUUGUGAAAAAUAAAUUUCGUCCUGCCUAGUCCAAGUCUUUCCAAAAUCACGGUCAGCCCCACUCCUCUCCCCGACCCCGAUCUGUAACGUUUAUCAACUUAUAUAGAACUUUCUUUACAUUCCGAGCCGUUCGUGAAUAUUUUGUUCUAAACUAAAGGAGCAUAGUUUUGGUAAGAAAAGUCACCAAAAAUUUGCUCUAAAAUUUCCACGGGGAGACUCCCCGGACCCCGCCGGAGGAGGGGAUUCCUCCUCCCACACUCUCCCCUUGAGUAACAUCUAAAUGGAUCACGCUACGCCCCUGCUUGGGUGGAUGUCAUUUAAUGAAAGAUGCAACUUCUACACAAGCUGUCUUAUUUACAAAGCUUGCAACUUUUAACCUUUCCCAGCAAUGAAACAUACAAUCUAAGAUCUGCUGCUCAUAAUGACAUAGUCAUACCUGAACAUGGUACAAAUUAUGUUAAAAAACUUUUUCUUACAAAGGUGCAAAUGUUUGGAAUUCAAUACCAAAUGAAAUUCGCUCAACAUGUUCUCUAACAUCUUUUAAAUAGAUAAAAAGUAUAUCUUACAGUUGACUGCCUAAUGAAUCUCUUUGUUUAUAUCAGCUGAAUUAUAACUAUGCCAUUUUAACUGAUAAUUAUAACUAAUUGAUUGCUUAGUAAAUGUAAAUUGUAUAAAUGGAUACUUAAAGGCAAUAUAUAUUUUAAGGGGUGUUUAUCUAAGAAUGAAUGUGAUAUUAAUAAGGAUGAAUGUGAUAUUAAUUACGUUAGGUGAUAGUGUAAACUGUAUUUGGUUGAAGUGCUUUUUCAAAGGCCACAUUUAAAAUCAAAAUGUAUCAUUUGUACUCUGUAAUGAUCCAUUAUCUGCAUGUGCUACCUUCUAUAAAUACAGAUGUUAAAAUCAUUAUUAUUAUUAUUAUACAUGAAUAUAAAAUGCUUAUUUAAACAUAUAUUUUUCAACAUUAUAAUAGCAAUAAACAGAUUUAGAUUUGUGAUAA